AGACACCAGAACCAGGGUAGCUUUAAAAUGAGCGGCAAAAGAGCAUCAAUUGCUCCAAAUCUUGCGUCCGAGCAGAAGUGGAUUUAAAAGCAUGGCGUCCGAAGGAUCGCUUGGCAAGAUGAAGGAAUUACGUUUACCAAUAUCAAGAGUAAAAACUAUUAUGAAAAGUGCUCCAUAUGUCGAAACGAUUGGUCAGGAUGGCUUAUUCUUGGUGGCAAAAGCUACGGAACUGUUUAUUCAUUACUUAUCGAAGGAAGCACACGAACACGCAAAUAAAGGCAAUGCACUUGAUUAUAAGGACCUGGCAGAAGUAGCGGAGACAAAUGAGACCCUUGAUUUUUUAAGACCAAUAAUGCCUAGAAAAAUUACAGUUAGACAUUUCAAACAAAUGAUGGCGGCUAAGAAUUCGCCAAACAGUAGCUCAUCUGAAAGUUCAUCCGAUUCGGAUAUUGACAGUCAGUCCGAUAGUGAGUCAUCGCAAGACAGUGAGGAUGAAAAAAUGGAAAAUGGAAAUUCCUCUGGAAGUGAACUGGAGAAUGAUGAAACCAAGGAGAACGGCAAGCAUGAAUCAAGUGGUAAGAGCGAAUCCGGCUGUAAAAGUGACAGUGAAGAUGAGAAUAAAGGAUAAAAAUCCCAUGUGUAAUUUUAUAUUAUAUUUAUACUAAAGAUAUCCUUAGACUGAUUUCAAUAUGUUAAAUAUGUAUAAUACUUGUCAAGUAUAGUACGUGCUAUUUAAUCAUUCCCAAAUGAGAAUAAUCUUGAAAUGUACAAAUUUAUUGAGCAACCACUUUGUUUCAGUGGUUUUGUACAAAACUGGCAAAUUGCAUUAAUUCAAAUAUUUACAAUCCUCGAAUGGAUUCAUAAUGUUAUAUUCUUGGUUCAUAUCACAAUUGUUUAUGUACAAGGACAAUUAUAUGUGGAAUAAGACGAUGCAGUUUUCUAAAAAGACAUUCCAUAGUACAUAUUGAGAAUCAUUUGUAAUGAUAUUUAAAGUCUUCAAAAAAUUAUGUAUAUGUCCAUUAACAUAUUUUACUAAAACGUAGAAUCUCAUGACAAAAUAUAAAGGAUAUUGAGUUUGUACUUAAUAGCUUAGCUAUAUCUAGUUACAAUAGAUGAACAAUCAUGAUGAUUUCAUGUUAAUUUAUUUAAUAUAUUAUACACGUACAUAGCAGUAUAAUAAAGAAAUGCAUUGUUUGAAAAA